AUGUCCCAAUCUCAAAAGAUAUUGAUGCUCCAUGGGUAUGCACAAUCCGAUGUGAUUUUCAGGGCCAAAACUGCAGGAUUGAGGAAGCAACUUGCGAAGAAGGGCUUCGAGCUGUUCUAUCCGUGCGGGCCUUAUCAACUCCAUUCUAAAGACUUCAAUGACAGGGAGGUCGAUUCAAAAGAUGUCCAGAAGUCUGUAGAUAUGUAUGGCUGGUUCUUGAAAGACCUAGAAACCAAUAGUUAUACAUUGAAAUCAGAGUUAUUGGAUUAUCUCAGCACUUAUAUCAAAGAACAUGGUCCUUUUGACGGCAUUGGCGGGUUUAGCCAGGGCGCAGGCUUAGCUGGAUACCUUUCUACAGACUUACAAACAAUCCUAUCCCUUUCAAAUGAAGAGCAACCUCCUUUAAAAUUCGCUAUGUACUUUUCUGGCUUCAAAUUUGAACCCGAGGAAUUCCAAAGCCAGUACACUGAACAUCCAAUUCAUAUCCCAACGCUUCAUGUCAUGGGUGAAUUGGAUUCACUUGUUACAGAAGAACGCUCCAUGAAGUUAUACGAGGCUUGCGAUCCCUCUACACGAACCCUUCUAAAAUAUCCAGGAGGCCAUUACAUACCUAACACAAGACCCUUCAUCAAUAACGUCUUGAGUUGGCUACAGGCACAUUCAGGAAAAACUACAGACGACAAGUCGCAUGAAACAAGCAAAAAAGCUACUACCGCCUCUUCAAACGACCAUUUGGAUAACGAUCUACUGGAUGUGAUCGAUUCUCUCGGUAAGAUAUAG